CAAUCCUACGUGGCAGUCCUAACCUCCACCCAAAAAACCGAACCGAACCACACCACAGACCCAAUCUCUCUCUCUUCCGAUAGAAAAGUCCUUUCCUUUCUUCUCCUCUUCUCCUCUCCGGUUAUUCAAAAUCUGAUCCCACCCAGAUAUCAGAGUUUGAGAACAAAAAAAGCGAUGCCGUUUUGCGAGGUCGUGAAAGAAGAUGUCGGCCCAGAGACGACGCUUAACAAUGCCGCAAUCAAAAUCUUCUACAGAACGUACGGUCAUGGUCCUAUCAAAGCUCUUCUCAUCAUAGGUUUAGCCGGAACCCAUGAGUCAUGGGGUCCUCAAAUCAUGGGAUUGACGGGAACGGAUAAACCCAACGACGAUGAUGACGACGACGGAGGAAUUGUUUCCGAUGAUUCCGGCAUCGAGGUUUGCGCUUUCGAUAAUCGUGGUAUGGGUCGAAGCUCUGUGCCUACCCACAAAUCUGAGUACACAACAACGAUAAUGGCAAAUGAUUCAAUUAGUUUGUUGGAUCAUUUGGGUUGGAAGAAAGCUCACAUAAUUGGUCAUUCUAUGGGAGCAAUGAUAGCUUGCAAGUUAGCUGCAAUGGCGCCUGAACGGGUUCUUUCUUUGGCGUUGCUUAAUGUUACAGGUGGAGGUUUUGAAUGCUUCCCUAAGCUUGACCGGAAAUCGCUUUCCAUUGCGAUACGUUUUCUGAAAGCAAAGACCCCUGAACAAAGGGCAGCUGUUGAUUUGGACACACAUUAUUCAAAGGAUUACCUAGAAGAAUCUGUAGGAACUAAUACAAGACGGGCAAUUUUAUAUCAGCAAUAUGUAAAAGGAAUAUCAGAAACUGGAAUGCAGUCCAAGUACGGGUUUGAUGGCCAAAUUAACGCUUGUUGGUUACACAAAAUCACAAAAGUAGAGAUUGAACUAAUCCGCUCGGCUGGAUUUCUUGUCUCAGUCAUUCAUGGAAGACAUGAUGUGAUUGCUCAGAUAUGUUACGCAAGAAGACUGGCACAGAGGCUAUAUCCAGUCGCUAGAAUGGUGGAUCUUCAUGGAGGUCAUCUUGUAAGCCACGAGAGAACAGAAGAGGUUAAUAAAGCUCUGCUCGAGUUAAUCAAGGCGUCAGAAAUGAAGAAAAUAUCAACUGAUUGGACUAACCUCACCAUGGAAACACCUGGUUAUUUCAAGAGGAGACUAACAUUGAUUAGAAGCUCAACGGAAGGCAAGAAUGUCGCCUCUCCUGCACAUUUCAUAGCGGAAAAGUUCCAUGGCUUUCUACUUUUCCUCUUCGGGCUUCUGGUUUUGGCAUUUGAGUAUUCAAGAAGAGCUUUCAGGGCUGUAAACCCCGUCAAAGUUGGACCUUCUCUAACAUAACAACAACCCUUCACAUAUCAAUUUGUCGACCAAGUAAGCUCCUCACUGCUUAAUUAUAUCAAAGAUAGAACAUUAACAACUAGAUCUAUCACAAUCUGACGUCGUUCGACAGAUAUUUUCAUACAAGCAAUGAGCCAGUUCUUCAAUGAUCAAGCUGAUGAGACAUAAGGGCUUAAAGAUAUUAUUGCUGCAAAUAGAGGCUAAGAGAAGGAGACAGUGCUUUUACAUGGAUAGGUGAUACAAACUGUUGAUAUAUACACGUGUAGAGGAUCAUUACAACGUCACACUCCAUGUCAAACAUUUGUUCUACGAACAUAAUAUGUAAAGAUAAGACAUCGAAAUCUCAAAUAUAGACUCGUAUGUUUUUGUGUACCUAUGGAACAUAUAUAACUGUUUUGUCUAGCCUAAAAUCAAGAAUUACAAGUCAUAUACAACUUGG